CGUCACUCGGGGUGAAUAGACGCUGGUAUUUUGAGUUAAUCCGCCAGUCGACUGUAGACCGUGCACCGGACGAGACGUCGAGUUGAAUGGUUCAUGGCUCUGUUUAAUUCGUUCUUUCAGGACUUUUUCUGCGAUCCAUUCUUCAGGACGUCAACUACGGCCACCGACAAUGUUAGGCAAGUCGCCCACUUAAUGGAUUCGAUGGUUCUGGGAUCCAAGUCGGCUGCUUUCUCUUAUCCUCACAUGGCUGCGUUACACUCGGCCGCCGAGCCCAGGAUGUUCAAGAAGCCUCCAGUUCAGAUUCUCAGACAAGGAAGUGGCGAAGACAAGAAUAAUUUGCGGUUGUCGGAAGACGAAAGUUGGCGGAAUUCACUUCGACGUUCGAGUAAUCCAAAAUCAGUUUACAGCCUUCCAUCCAUUUACAGUAGCAGCAGCCCGGAGCCUUCCAAGUCACCGAUGAGUUCAAAACCGCCCAGUCGAAUAGGUACAACAAACAUAAACAACAACCAGCGGAUCGGUAACAUCCGGAAGAAAGCUCUAAACAAUCAAGCAGCGCAGAAAACUGUUAAACGGAAUGGAAAAACGACCAAUAAAUCGGAAUUGCAACGUCCCAACGAGGAAUUGGUGAAUCAAGUCACAUCCGAACUCGGUUGUGAACGAUGUCUGGUCGAGAUGAUUGAGCGGGACGUCCUUCAACGCAAACCCAAUGUGGAAUGGGCAUCCAUCGCCGGAUUGAAAGAUGCCAAAUCUUUACUCCAGGAAGUCGUCGUUCUGCCCAAUAUCGUUCCGGAUUUCUUCAAAGGCAUCCGGCGCCCAUGGAAAGGAGUUUUGCUGGUCGGUCCACCUGGAACUGGUAAAACUUUGUUGGCUAAAGCUGUCGCCACUGAAUGCAAGUCUACUUUCUUUAACGUUACGUCAUCCACAUUGACUUCCAAGUACCGAGGAGAGUCUGAAAAGUUGGUCAGAAUUCUGUUUCACAUGGCCAGAAAAUUGUCGCCCAGUAUUAUCUUUAUCGACGAAGUGGACGCUCUGGUGGCUAAACGGAACGCGGCCCACGAUCACGAAGCAUCGCGACGCUUCCAGUCUGAACUGCUCAUCCAAAUGGAUGGGCUGAUUCAAGAAGAGGAGAAUAAUGAACACAACAUUUUGGUGUUGGCCGCUUCCAAUCAUCCGUGGUAUGUCGACGAGGCGUUCCGGAGGCGUUUCGAGAAACGAAUUUACAUUCCACUUCCGGAUGGAGCUGCCCGGGAAGAAAUGCUGAGACUCCAUUUGACUGGAAUGAAAUUAGAUUCUCGACUUAAUUUGAGUAAAAUUGCUAAAAAGUUGGAGGGAUAUUCCGGGGCUGAUCUCUUGUCUGUUUGCCGAGACGCUGCCAUGAUGAGUUUGCGACGUAAAAUUGCCGGAAAAUCGACGGAACAAAUUCGUCAAUUGACUAAAGACGAUUUAGACGAACCGAUUACUAGUCAGGAUUUCUUUGAUGCCGUCAAAAGGUGCAAGACCAGCGUCUCCAGUACGGACAUGGCCGCUUAUGAGAACUGGAUGAAAGAAUUUGGAUCUUUUUAAUUAAUUGAAUUUUAUCGUGUGUGAUGGUUAGUGAAAGAAAAACAAAGAGAAAGAUGUAAUUAUGUAAAAUCUAGCCAUUCAAAAGUUCCUUUAUUUGUAAUUUGUAAUCUCACCUUGUUUCAAUUGAAACACUUGGCAACGUUUAAAAUACAGUUUGACAGAAACAUUAAAAAAGUUGGCGGUGAAAAUUCAAUCAAAGGCAAUGGAAAAUCCCAGUCGUAAAAUAACGUUUUAAUCUUUUAUACGAUAACAUUAAAAACUGCAUGUGAAAAUUUCUUUUCCAUUUUCCCGUAAAACCCUUUUCCAGUACUUUGGGAUUUCCUCAUAUUACUUUUUAUGAAACAUAACUUGUUUAACACCCAUUUUAAACAUCAUUUAUAUUACUUUUGGUAUCUAAUAAAGUAAAUUGUGUAAUAAUUUAUGACUUACUUUGUUAAAUCAGCAAGAUAGUGUAAAAGUGUUUGUGCUGAGGAACAACACCUGUGACGAGAAACAUUUCACAACUUGAAGGACAGCCUGCAACUUUACGUGCACAUGUAAAGCCCAUUGAGAAUGAAGCAAGACAAUACACAGGGCAGCUCAGAAAUUAGUGUCAGAAGUAACAAGAACACGAGGCAGUGGAGUUGAUGUAUUGCUGUAAUUUAUUUGUUGCUGAUGGCUCAUUUGUUGCUGCUGUUGUGGGACAGCAGCAGCCACCACCGGUGGGUUGAUGAUGAAUCCUGGAGGAGGUGGUGGCAUGUUGGCCAUAUCUGCACCCAUAUAAUUGUUGUUUGGUAAGUUAUUGUUGUUGUUACAAUUUGCUGGAGGAGGUGGAGCAGGAAGAAGCCGAGUUUGUGAUUGACACUGUUCCAACAAAAGUAGUCAUUUGAUAUAAAUAAUAGGCAAAUAGUUAACAUUUUUAAACUGACGUUAUUUCUCCGGUUGUUUGGACAACAGGGCCGACAAAUGAGGACAGAAACUGAAACAAAGACGGAAAAAUUGACUAUAAAUCCUAAAAUGCUCAAAAUGAGUAGAGUCCAUUCUAGCCCGAGCCAAGUGGAAUCUAACAAAAAUUCGGUUACAGUAAUUAAUCGAAAAUUAAAGGAGAUAAGUAUUUAAUUACUGUGAUAAGAUCUGAAUCGAGGUGAAAUGGCCAUGGCUCCACUAACGGCCGCAAUUCCCAAUGAACUAAAAAUGGACAACAUGGCAAGUACUAAAGUGGCCACUAACCUGCAAAUUGUAUACAACACGAAUUUGUGGAUUGAGAACACUUUUAAAAAAUGAAUUUUUAUAGCUCGUCAUUACAAUGGCUGACUUCUUUCAUAGGCGGCACAAAUGCCCAGGAGGCCACCGAGGCCAUAAAAUAGGGAACCCCAAACGCCUGGACUGAUGAGAUCGAGUGAAGCGAACCGUAUCAGCGAAUUGGUUAAUGGAAUAAUUAAGCGAUUUUAAUAACUAACUGAAAAUGUGGUGCACAGUAGCCAGAGGAAAAUAUUCAUAACGGAGAGGCUGAUGAGGCCAUUAGCGCCAGGAUUAUUUCGAUGGUAACCAUUAGGAGCGUUCCACAUGUGCCUCUUCUUUGGCUGGGGGACAAAAAGUGGAUUACCGGAGCAAGCGCACGAGGUGUAUCAAAUUAUUUUAAAAAUCCCCGAGGCCUCAACUAGAGAGAAGAAGGAGAAACGAAUAAAGAGAAACGAAAAUCUAACGGAGGCGCCGUGUGUGUGUGUGUUAAACAGGAAAUGGGUUACACGACACAAAUGACUAACUCACGAUUGUGGCCUCCUCCUCCUCCUAAUCAUCCAACAGCUUUGGCCCACAAAUAGGACGACCGCAUGUGGAUGUUUGGGUACGCAACAUAUGUGUGGGUAUAUAAAGACACGGUAGCGUCCAAUUCGAUACUCACAGUCUUGUCUUGUCUCGUCAAACAUGAAGUCCUCUCUAGUGGUUUUGGUUUUGGGUGCCGUUGUGGCAGCAGUGAUGGCUGAUGGCGAGUACGCCCCACCUGCGUACGAGAAGAAAUACGACGGCUACUUCCAAUACGCCAACGUGCCAGGAGAUACCGAAUACGAAUUCGGUUACAACCGCGGAAAUCCUUCCCACUACACUUCCCGCUA